GAGUCUAGCAAGGUAAGGAGGGCACUUGCAGGCUGACUGCCCCUUUGGGGGCCCCUUGGACUUCAGGGAUGCAUGACUGGACAGUUUGGAGCUGAGGGACCCCCCCAUAACUUCCAAGGCCUCUGACCCAGAGAGCUCUGAGUCUUCCUGGGCCCAUCCUCUACUCCUAUUUCCGGAGCUCCUGCUCAUGGAGAGUUCGAAUCGCUCUGGCCUUGAAAAGCAUCGACUAUGAGACCAUACCUGUCAACCUCAUAAAGGAUCAGGGACAGCAGUUCUCUGAAGAAUUCCAGGCACUGAAUCCCAUGAAGCAGGUGCCGGCCCUGAAGAUCGAUGGUAUCACCAUAAGUCAGUCUCUGGCCAUCAUCGAGUUCCUGGAGGAAACUCGGCCCACUCCACGCCUCCUGCCGAAAGACCCGAAGAAGAGGGCCCAGGUUCGCAUGAUUUCGGACACCAUCGCCAGCGGCAUCCAGCCCCUGCAGAACCUGUCUGUCCUAAAGCAAGUGGGACAGGAGAACCAGCUGGCCUGGGCCCAGAAGGUCAUCCACACUGGCUUUAACGCUCUGGAGCAGAUCCUGCGGAGCACAGCGGGAAAGUACUGUGUGGGAGACGAGGUGUCCAUGGCUGAUCUCUGCUUAGUGCCUCAGGUGGCAAACGCUGAAAGGUUCAAGGUGGAUCUCACUCCCUACCCGACCAUCAGCCGCAUCAACAAGACGCUGCUGGCUUUGGAGGCUUUCCAGGUGUCUCACCCCUGCCGGCAGCCAGACACACCCGCGGAGCUGAGGGCCUAGCUCUCCAACUGUGCCCCAUGGGUGAGGGGGCAGGAGAGGUGCAGGAGCAGAAGCCGGGGUUGCUGAACAGACCUGGAAACAAGAGAGCCCUAACUGGAGAAGCAGGAGACCUGAACUCCUUGAACUUGGACUCUAGCCCUGGAUCCACCUUCCUACUGUACCUCUUUGCACCUCAGUCCCCUCCUCUGUCCAGUGCAGGGAGUGCCGGGAGGGAGGCAGGAACAUCACCAGUCAUCUGCGUCAUGGGCAAUCGUGAAGGUGAGGGGAGAAAGUAGCCUAAGGUGCUUGGUGGGUGCGCCAGAGAGACGUAAGGGAGCCUGCGCGCUUCUUCCCAUCCCCACAGUUGUACCGGACUCCAGAGAAUGCCCACUGUGAAAUUUGAUGAUUAAACGGAAGC